UCGCUCACCGCCGUUCUCAGUCUGUAACGGUCGUUCGAGCAUGUUGGAGUGACGUUUAAUCAAGCCGUACGAGAAUUGUACAUUAACCCUGGCGCGUCGCUGACAACCGACGUUAGCGUAGCAACUUUUCUCUCUGCCGAGCGUCACUUCGCGUCGCGUUUAGGCCCAACUCCUUCCCAAAUGGCCGAAUUCCGAAUACUCGCGACUCUACUUCUCGUUCUCGCGUCGACGACGAAGACCAGCUACGGCUUCGACGUCAGCCUGAACGAUGCGUUUGAUCUGAUCAAGCUGGGCACCGAAACCAUAAGAGAGGUGUUGGAAUCCUACGAGAUGAUCCGUGCACGUGGUCCAGAUGCCCAAGAUAGUGACUCUGUGUUUGUAAAGAGGAUAGAGAGAGAGUUGCGCCAGCGUAUCGAUCGUGUGUCGAAGAAGAUCGAUGUUUAUCAGGAUCGGAUGGAAACGAAGAUGGACACGAUCCUGACGCAACUGCUACUGCGACUGCCAAUGCAACGUAGACUGGACGACAGUCUGAAGGAGCUGGAGCAUUACGUCGGCCAGGUGCACGGAAUGUACGAAACCUUCGGCAAUUACGUCGACAGUCCGGAUAAAUUCGAAAAGUACACUGUCGUGCAGUUUGCGGAGGCCUGCGUGUCACCCAGAUUGGGCGAGCUUCCGGACGUUUUGAAAUCGAUACACAGACUCAUGGUGCCAUCCGAGCAGCAGGUGUACAACAGAAGUGUUCUUACACUUUUAGCCAGUCACAUGCAGGAAUCAGCGUACCAAAUGUGCAAUGAGAUGCAAUCGCCGCAGCAACUGCUGUACAAUCUCUACAAUACUGUGGCGUUGACGGAGAUCAAGGGUCACAUUAUGAUUCAAUUCUCCUACGUGUUGCUUCGUUUGUACAACGAAGGUAAUAACUUCAGCGAGGAGAUCCAAACUCUGAAUAAUCAAUAUGCGACCAGGACAUCCGAAACUUUGAGAGCCGUGAAAACCGCGAUGGCCUUUGCCCCGAGAGAUCUUUGGAGAUGUGAUCCGAGUGUGCACAAAUUAGAUGAAACCUAUACCGAAUUGAAGCAGCUGUUCCAAGGAUACAUCGUGAACGAGGUGGAUUUGAAUCCAGACGCCACAUGCAAAGAGAACUGCGCUUAUUACGGAUACAGCAAGGUGUACGGUUGCUACCAAAAUCAGUUUUGUUCACAGCAGCGUCGAUGCAACGGGAAGAUAUUGAAUUGCGAGUACAUCGACUCCGACAUGUGGAUCUGCCCUUCGGAUAAAAGCAGCAACAGAAGAUACGAAUAUAUUCAAUACGAGAACAGCCUUGUUUACGGGAACAAAAACACAUGUCGCAGACAAACGACCAAGGUUGACAGUUGGUGGCGAUGGCUCUUCUGGCAUUGCAGCUACUGUUUUUGCUACUGCGACGAUCACAAUGCAAGUUCCGAUCGGUAUAUCAGUCUCCGAUCCGUAACAUCCGAUGUCUCGAAUAACAAAGUCAUAACCGGAAUAAGAUUGCAGAAGGUAGACCAGGUUAUUCACAUACAGAUUCAGGAAGGUCAGUUACUGCCACGUGGUGCAAUCAACACGUCUACAAUCGAGUGGCAACCAAUCGAUGACUUUUCGGUUAUGGACAGUAACGUUAAAAGCGGCAUUGAUUACCAUAAACUCGUGUGGGAAAGACGCGCUUUGGAUCUCGACGACCUGACGUCGCCGCAGGAUCAUCUUUUAACAGGCAUUCGAUUCCGAAUGGUCGGCAGCCGGUUAAAUUUGGAAAUAAUGGUGACUCCAUUCAACUUUACAUCCGGAUUAUUAACCGAGCCAAAAAUAAAGAGUUUUUGGCACAGCAACGACAUUACCGACAGGACUGAGCUGACAUUCACCGAGCCUGAUAUACCGAUUCGCGAUCCUGUGCAGAACGUACCGGACUCCGCCGUGAAUCAAUAUUUGAAUUUCGCACCGAGUGAUCGACGCAAGGACGCCGCGCAGAGCACGAUUCCCUUCUUGGACGUUCAACCGAUCGUGCCGAACCCGCCGGUGCCGAUCGCGGGCGCCGGCGUUUUUCACAAGGGUCGCAAGGGUUCGGGCGGAUUCGUUACCCUAAAACUGAUCACUUACGAUUUCGCACCGCAUUUGCAAAUCGAAGUACCGCCGGCACCGGCGGUUCUCGAGACCGUGAACGAGAUAAAAGUCGCGUAGAGUUUUUAACAUCCUUUAUAGUUUGUCGAAAUAAUGAUCGAAGAACCUGUGAUUUAUCAAGAACCUCAAUGUAAUAUGAGGUGACGUAUCGAUCAAAUCGUUGCAUGCAAAAUGUCAAGUUUCCGAAAAUUUCACAGAACAUUUUAAUAAAAUCAUUAUAAAUAACGCGAGAAAUGGAAUUUAAUAUCCGGAUUGAAGAUGAAAAUAAUGAUAUCAUUUAAUUUUUAAUUCUUAAUAUCUUCAAAUGUCCUAUAUUUUAAUUGAAAUACAAUUGUGAAAAGAUUUUCACAAAGAUACAAUACUGAUAUCUUUUUAAUUAUAGUUUUUCCACAUUAUGUUUUCUCUGAAGUCGUUCGAAAAUCCUUUGCGCGAGAUCGACAUUUUAUAUGCAACUAUGAACUAAUGUUUAAGUUUCAUGUACUCUUCGUGAUUAAGUAAAGAUUUUUCACUAAAUGUGUUAUACUCAUUAAUAAACUCAUUAUUUGCCAGAGA